UACAUAUAUUUAUUACCAAACAAGCGACAACUCAUUAUACCUAUCAAUCUGCCUUUUCCACCAUAUUCGAUUUAACGACGCAAUGGAAAACUUAUUGACGAUACAACCAAAAUCUGUACUUCGCUUCGAUGAAAAUGUUGAUCUGGACGAUUUCUUCCGUGAUACACUUGAACCUCUCAUGAAAAAGUUUAGAUAUCGAUUUUCUCAAUUUGAAAAUCGAUACGUCAAAAGUGAACGCUUUCAAAAUUACAAAGCCGAAAAAAUCAAGAAAGCCCAUCUUCUAUUAGAGCACCUAAAUAUCAAAUGGGAAGAACGCCGGCAAAAAACUUUAGAGGCGAGGCGUAAGGUCCUCCAAGAAUUGGAUGUAAAACUGCCGGCAGACCAACUACAGCAACAGCAACAGAACAGCUUCAAGUUCAUAACACCGCCUGAUCUUGUCAACGACUUGAUUGAACUGUCUAAAAGAUAUCAUGAGUUGGACGAGUCAGCCUUUAAAAAUAAUGGUGAGAUGAUUGAUAAUACCAUUGAUGCAUUCAUGUUAAAAAUGGAAGAAUUAGACAAAAAGAUCUCAGACGCCCUUAGCGUGGCCGAUAAGAUGCGCGAAUGUGUUGAGGGCAAAAUCAGUCAAGUGGCAGGUGUUGCUAACGAACAUAUUGAUAAAUUAAAAUAUGCUAUGCAGCAUGGUUCGAAACGUCUCUUGAUGUAUGAUGAAUUACCCGAACCCUGGCAAAGCAAUCAGUAUAUCCGCACAGGUUAUCGGUUUUUAGACUCUGCUGCUGAUUGUUGGUAUUCACUUUUUUAUGUUCACAACGAAAGUGGCAAUAUCUGGUCUCAUCUCUUGGGUUUUUUGACACUUUUUUCUAUUGGCAUUUACUCUCUAUUCUUCUCUGAUGUGUUGACAAGUAUUCCUAUUCAAGACCGUCUUGUCUUUUGUGUUUUUUUCUUGGCAGCGUGCAAAUGCCUCAUGUGCUCCACUGUGUGGCAUACCUUAAACGGCAUCAACAAUCUCAAAACGUAUCAACGUGUCGCGUGCCUUGACUACGUCGGUAUUUCCGUACUUAUUUGCGCAAGUAUUGCUCUUUGUGAAUAUUAUGGCUUCUAUUGUGAUGAUCGUGUACGUCAAAUAUAUAUGACCGCUACAUUAGGUCUUGCUAUUCUUGGCAUCUCUAUGCCUUUUCAGUCAUGGUUUGAUCGCCAUGAAUUGCGUUGGUUACGUAUUGGCUUUUUCGUCGCUUUAGCUUGCUCAGGGGCCAUCAUCAUUGUUCAUCUCUCAAUAAUACGUGGUGCUUGGGUGACAUUUUAUUGGCUUGCCCCUGUGUUCAAGUCCUGUCUUUGUUACAUUGUUGGUGUUUCAUUCUACGCUAAACAAUUUCCUGAAAGUGUAUGGCCCGGAAAAUUUGAUCAUUUUGGCCAUUCUCAUCAGUUAUGGCAUAUCUUUGUCUGUGGAGGUAUUUGGUAUCAUUAUCGAGCCGCUUUGCAAUUUGCUUCUCAACGUGGUGUUUUCGGUGACUGCCAGUUAACGUAUUGAUAAAGAAUAUAAGAGCGUCUUAAAAUUGGUAAUACAUUAGAUUUUAAAAGAAUCUGAUAUCUUCGCAAUAGAAAGUUUCUACAUUUUAUCUCUAUACAUAUACAUAUACAUAUAUAUAUCCCUUUCUAAUUCAGCACGUCUGCAUGUUCUUUGUCCAACUUUAAGAUACACAAUACAAGUUUAGAUAUUUCCUUUCACCAUUAGAACACGAUUACAUCGCUUCCCU